AUGACAGCUGAAGUUUAUGUUGGAACCUGGAGGCCCCACAGACCCCGAGGGCCAAUUGCAGCUCUGUACAACAGCCCAGGACCUAAAUAUGCUCUGCCAGGGAACACAGGUUACAACCAGCAUGAUCCUAGUAAAUACAGAGCACCUUCAUAUAGCUUUGGCAUUCGUCGCUUCAAGUUUGUUGAUGAUUGCUCCCCAGGACCAGGGUAUCUGGUGCCAGCCAAUAUCACCAUGAGGGGCAAAGAUGGCACACCAGCAUAUUCACUCUAUGGAAGACCCAAGGAUCUAAAUACUUUCACAACUCCAGGACCAGGUAAAUACUCUCCUGAGCAUGCUGGGAAAUCUGCUUAUCGGUCAGCUCCAAUAUAUUCACUAGGGGCAAGAACAAAGACCUUUAGCAAUGACCAAACACCUGGUCCAGCAGCAUAUACGCUUCCUUCUGUGCUUGGGCCAAACCUUGUUAACAAAUCGUCUGCACCAAACUACUCUAUGACUGGACGAAACAAGAUCGGAAGCUUCCAUGAAGAUCUGCAGAAAACACCAGGACCUGGAACCUACCGCGUUAUUGAACCAUCAACAUAUAAAUAUAAACCUCCACAGUACAGUAUGACUGUUAGAAACUCCCUGCCUGGGGACACCACACAAAAACCGGGUCCAGGAGCCUAUAGUCCUGAAAGGGUAGUCUUGUCUCGACGUCAAGCCCCUCAGUUUUCCUUUGGAAUCAGACAUUCUGAGUAUGUUGCUCCAUUGAUUGUGGAUGUAGUACACUAA